UUGUGCUUGUUUGAAUUGGAAAUUGUUCUGUUAUAGUGCAUGGUUUACCUAAAUUGGUGCCUUCUGCAUAUUAUAGCUAAAACGGUUUAUAGUUGUUACUAGUUACAUUCGUGCAAGCGUUUGUAGAAGAUCCCGUGGAAUAGGAAUUAUCUAACCUAAUUAUUAUCCAUUAUUGAGUGAUGAGAUGUUUGCCUUAAUCAACAAGUAGAAACCGAAAAGCAGUAACUCACAAAGGCGGUUCAUUUAGAGAGGCCUCCUCAAACAGUUUAGUGGUUGUUAAAAUCAAAACACGUUCGAAGGAGAACGGUCCAACAAACAGUGAAAAAAAUUAAACCGUGUGAGAAUGAGGAUGCAUCGAAGAAAGGCAUAAUCCAACAGUAAUCAAUUUUGUUCGACGUUUUGGUGAGAGCAGAGUUAGAGGAGAAUCAGCAGCUGCGAUCGAGUGAAACGAAAACAUCAUUCAAACUGACCACUGCCAGUGAGCAGGGAAGGAGAAGGAAACUCAGCGCGCAAUUUCAGCAACAGCCGGAAUGGAUCUAUUUAUACUCCUCGCAGCAGCCGCGCUGUUUACUUUCGCUGGAAACGUGCAUUGCGGCAAUCUCGUGAAGCGAAGUUUGAAAAACACCGUUCCCUGCUUCGAGGAUGGACGAUUUUACAGGAAUCCGGAACGACCCAUUCAUAAGAUGUGGACCAACACGGAGUGCGCCAAAUAUUAUCUGUGCUUGGAUGGAGAGGUGUUCGAGUUCAAGUGUUCAGUUGGUCUGAUGUUCGACGUGACCCGACAGAUCUGCGAUUUCAAACAGAACGUUGAUAACUGUGAGGUCACUGCAGAGGCCCGCGUUCCCAAACCACUACUGGACAACGCUCAAUGUGACGAACGAUCGCAGCUGGGUUGUGGUGAUGGGACGUGUCUACCAAACGAGUACUUCUGUGAUGGAUCAAUUGACUGCCCGGAUGGAUCGGAUGAAGGCUGGUGCGACGUGGAAAAUGACCCUAACGCCGCGGAUCCUUGUGAUCUCUCGGUGUGCGAGCUGCCAGACUGUUUCUGCUCCAAAGACGGAACGGUCAUCCCCUCGCGGUUGGAGAAAACGCAGACACCGCAGAUGAUCGUGCUGACGUUCGAUGAUGCGAUCAAUUUUGAAAAUUGGGAAUUAUAUACGCAGAAAAUCUUUACUCCAGGAAGAAAAAAUCCCAACGGCUGUCCGAUUAAGGCAACCUUCUUCAUAUCCCAUCAGUACACGAACUAUCAGCAGGUUCAAAAGAUGUGGAACGAUGACCACGAGAUUGCAAUUCAUUCGAUCACUCAUCGCGGUCCGGAGGAAUGGUGGUCCCGGAAUGCCACCAUUGAGGAUUGGUUCGAUGAAAUGGUUGGCCAGGCAAACAUUAUCAACAGAUUCUCCAAUGUCCGAAUGGAGGAGCUGCGAGGAAUGCGAGUUCCUUUCCUACGUGUCGGCUGGAACCGCCAAUUUCUUAUGAUGAAAGAAUUCGGCUUUGUAUACGACUCGUCGAUGGUGGCCCCGUUCUCUAACCCACCACUGUGGCCAUACACCCUGGACUACAAGAUGCCUCACGCGUGCAACGGAAAUAAUCAAUACUGUCCGUCCCGAAGUUAUCCGGGUAUUUGGGAGAUGGUCAUGAACCAACUGGAAGCCGGUGAAUACACAUGCGGGAUGGUCGACACGUGUCCGCCUCAUAUGAACGGCGAAGAUGUGUAUAAAAUGUUUAUACACAACUUCAAAAGACAUUACCACUCAAAUCGGGCUCCGUACGGGUUGUAUUUCCACUCGACCUGGUUCCGGAAGCAGGAGUAUCUGGAAGCAUUUUUGAAAUUCAUGGACGAUAUGCAAAAAUACCCGGACGUGUAUUUUGUGACCAACAACCAGGCAAUCGAAUGGAUACGCAAUCCAACCCCGCUGAACCAACUCGGUCACUUCGAACCGUGGUACUGCAAACCAAAGCAGCUGGAUCCCAACGAGGUCGCAUGCAAUCUGCCCCGUACCUGUAAACUUCACAGCCGAGUUCUGCAGCAGGACCGCUAUUUGUUUACGUGCAAUGAAUGCCCAGCACAAUACCCCUGGAUAAGGAACGAAUUCGGGCUGGAUUGAUAAAAGCGCUGAAUUCGCUGAAUUGAAUUGAUUUGUUAUCUGUCGAGCAACAGACAAUUACUUACCUGGAUUACAUUAGCUUAGGGAAAUUUUGAAUGUUAGAAAUGUUCACAAAAAAGAGAGGGAUUUGUUGGGGUUGCAUACCAUCUUGCCGAAAACCGUUUCAGGGAGAGACUGGAUUAAAAAUAAGUAUUAGAAAGGCAAAAACUGAUUGUAGUUAGGUUUCGAUUAUUAUUAAACCCAUUUAAAAAAAUCAUGAUCUAUCAAAUCUACCCUGAAAUAAUUUUAUGUGAUAUAAUUAUGUAAAACAACCACAAAAAACUGAACGCUAAGUUGGUCCUAUCGAAGCACCACCAGAAUCCCAUCAUACAUCUUCCAUUUAGGCAAUGAAAAGUUUUCGGAAAAAGUUAAUAUACCUAGUAUGGUGAUAAAUAGUUACAUUUAUU